UAUUAGACAUUGUUUCAUUAACAUGGCAUAAACAGUUAUUGGAAAAUUUUUCACUAUUAAAAAGCAUCGAAUCCAUUUGGAACCGGUAUAGAGCUCAUUUAUUACUCUCCCUGGGCUAUAUACUUUAUUAAUGUCACGGGCACCUGUGUCAGCUGCCUGAUUGUUGCUGCUACUAAGCAUUAGGUCUAUAUAGAGAUAAAUCAAUAGCAUCCAGCUAGAACCAACGUAAAUCUUCAUUGUGCAUUUGUUUGUUUGUUUCUCUCGUGUUUAUCAUUCUUCAUCUGUUUGCCUUGUGCUAUGUGGGACCAUGUUCAUUUAUUGAUCAGAUAGAUUUUGGUGGAUUGAUUUUUAUGUUUAUCAUAUAACAAUAGUGGACAAUCAUGAUGGCCAAUAUAUCUCUACAAACGCAACAAAAUACGAAUCUGCAGUCGAUCAUGCAAGUCUCAAAUGGUACGACAACAGCAGGCUCGGUUGCUAACAAAGUACUCAUUGGUGGACAUUCGCAUCCGUUCGCAUCACAUCACAAUCAUCAUCAUCAUCAUCGUCAUACUUUGACAUUCCCUAACUUGGAAACAUUAUUUGGAACAUCAACAUCAUCGACUAAUGGGUCAUCCCAUUCGAUUUUAACGCCAACAACCAAUGCCACAAUAAUAAAUGGAAAUAAAAUUGUUGUGCGGCCUGUCAUCAGUAAUUCAAAGCUAAACAAGAGUAGCACAUUGGCCAGAAUUCAGCAAAUAACCAAGUGUCCUGAACAUUCAUCCCCGUCAAUUGAAUCUAGCAACAAUGGUGUAUAUUCAACUAUCACCAGUGGAAAUGGAAAUUUGGUUCUUUAUUCUUCCAAUAUAUGUCCUUCAACUAGAUCUUUGAUUAACAAUACAAAUCGUGUUAUCAACAACAACAGUUCAACAGUCAAACAUAUACCUAAUCCAACCCUUUUGACCCAGGAAACGGAUAUAGGGACGAUUACAAAUGAUCAAAUGAAACCCAGAUCUGCAUCGAAUACCAAUUUGCCCGACACGGCAUCACCGAUCUCACGCAAACGAAGCAAGUUAAACACUGUUGAAUGCACCCAGUCGUUAUCUACGAAUGCAAAAUGUCAGAUCAAAGGGGUCAAGGUAAAGGAUGAUGAAGAAAUACAAGUUUCGAUCAAUCCGAAAUCGAUUUUUUUCACUUCCUCGAAUGUACAAAAAGUUCAUAAUCAACAGAUCACUAACAACAAUUCUAAGACACUUGAUACUCUUAAGCUAAACAAAUCUACCAACGAUCAAAACAAUACCGGUAACAGUGUACAGAAUCAGCAAUCGGUAAACACCACACGAUUUGUUGGCAUUGUAAAUCGGCUUAAUUCAUACCACAACGAAACAUUACCCGAAAAUAUUUUCGAUACAGACGACGAGGACGAUGAUGAUGAUCUAGACAUGAAUUUUGGUCCUUAUUUUCACGAUUCUACAACCAUCGCUAGUGUUGAUAAUCUUGCAUCAAAUGCUUCACAAUUGGAUUCUGUAAACACAAAUUCUAACUGGAAAUCAUCGAUUGUCAGUCAGUCAUCAGACUUUAUCAUUCAAUUGACCUCAUUGGAUCCAAAACAGCCCGUGAUAGCCGCCGCACAAAGUGCGAAUUUACCUAUCUCCACCGAUCACGAUCAUGCAUCUAUAAUUAGAUCAGUAAAUGUGGCGAAUGUGAAUUGUAAUGAUAAAUCUGCUCUUUUACUUGAUCCAUUCAAGACAGCGAUUGUUGGACCACAACAAUCAAAUUUCAAUACGAAUAAUGUAACUGAUAAAAAACAGUCUAAACUCAACACAACUCUUGCUUCUAAACAACAAGAUCUAACGACUAAAACGGCUUCAAUUAUGUUAUCAUCGUCAUCUAUCGGACAGACGGAAUGUGAUUCUUUCAAAACCAUUCGCGAAAACGGUAAAUUCAAGUCGAAAAAGUCAUCAAAACCCGCAAAGAGACCGACAAUUCAUAAAGACGAAAGUGCUGGUCUUUCGAAAAAAAAUGAUCAUAAAAAACCUCCUUCAACGGCCAAAGCAAUCGAUCAACAGCAUCAACGUUUGGAAAUUUUGCAGCGAAAACGUCGACAAGUUUGGUUACAAUUAUUACCUCAAAUCACCGCCAAGAAAGAUCGAAUUAUGGCUACCAAAAUUGAACGAAAACAACGUCUUCGAUUGAUAGCUUAUGAGUGCCAGAAACAAUGGCACAAAUAUAGCAAACAAAAACAUAGAAUAACCAUGCAAGAGCCAAUUAAUAUGAAUACUGUUGUUAAUAAGAACAUCCAACCAUUUUCAAGUCAGAGUGAUGUCUUGUCAGUUACAGUCAAGUCCCAAUUAGAUUCAUCGACCAUGGCUUAAUUAAGCUCGCUAAAGUGAUUCAAAUCAAAUAGAUUUUUAAAAUUAGUUCCUGAUCGUCCAGGAAAUUGUCCCUAACUUGAUUCUAAAUGGUAGACAGACUAAAAAUGUUUUACU